UGCCCCCGCGCCGCCUCUCCCACGCGCGCCUCUCCACCUCGCGCCCCUGUGCGCUCGCUCUCGCGGGGGGCGCGCAGCCCGGAUCAUGGCACUGGGGCUGCCGGGGCUGCCGCCGCCGGUCUCCAGCUCGCCUCCAUGGGGCUGAAGGCGCGGCGCGGCGCGGCGGGCGGCAGCGCGGCCGGGGCGGCGGCGGCGGCGGCGGCGGCGGAGCGGCGGGCGGCGGCGGGCGGCGGCGGCGGCGACCCCGAGCAGGGCUCGCUGGCCCUGGGCGCCGGCGGCGACCGCGACGGGACGCUGCUGCUGGAGGGCGCCGGCAGGGAGGAGGGCGGCAAGCGGAGCCCGCCGGGGCUGGGGCUGCUGGCCAAGACGCCGCUGAGCAGACCGGUGAAGAGGAACAACGCCAGGUGCCGGCGCGUCCAAACUUUGAUCUACGACGCCCUGGAGCGACCCCGCGGCUGGGCGCUGCUCUACCACGCCUUCGUGUUUCUGAUUGUCUUGGGGUGUUUGAUCUUAGCUGUCCUAACAACUUUCAAGGAGUAUGAAACUGUUUCAGGAGACUGGCUCCUCUUGCUGGAGACUUUUGCCAUUUUCAUCUUUGGAGCAGAGUUUGCCUUAAGGAUCUGGGCUGCUGGGUGUUGCUGUCGCUAUAAAGGAUGGAGGGGCAGACUCAAAUUUGCCAGGAAGCCUUUGUGCAUGCUGGAUAUCUUUGUGCUGAUUGCUUCAGUGCCAGUGGUUGCUGUUGGGAACCAGGGCAAUGUUCUGGCCACGUCUCUCAGAAGCCUCCGCUUCCUGCAGAUCCUGCGGAUGCUCCGAAUGGACAGGCGGGGUGGCACAUGGAAACUUUUGGGAUCGGCCAUUUGUGCACAUAGCAAAGAACUCAUCACUGCUUGGUACAUUGGGUUCCUGACGCUCAUCCUAUCCUCGUUUCUUGUUUAUCUGGUUGAAAAAGAUGUGCCUGAAAAGGAUGCUAAUGGGGUGGAGAUGAAAGAAGAGUUUGAAACCUAUGCAGAUGCACUGUGGUGGGGUCUGAUCACCCUGGCUACGAUUGGGUACGGCGACAAGACCCCCAAGACAUGGGAGGGACGGCUGAUUGCAGCUACCUUCUCUCUCAUUGGAGUGUCAUUCUUUGCUCUUCCUGCUGGCAUUCUGGGUUCAGGGCUGGCAUUGAAGGUCCAGGAGCAACACCGCCAAAAACAUUUUGAGAAAAGAAGAAAGCCAGCAGCUGAACUUAUUCAGGCUGCCUGGAGAUACUAUGCUACUAACCCCAACAGGAUUGAUCUAGUUGCUACCUGGAGGUUUUAUGAAUCAAUUGUAUCAUUUCCAUUUUUCAAGAAAGAGCAAUUGGAUGGUACUGCCAGCCAAAAGCUGGGUCUCUUGGAUCGGGUUCGUGGUACCAAUACUAAAGGAAAGCUAUUUACCCCUCUGAAUGUAGAUGCCAUUGAAGAAAGUCCUUCAAAAGAGCCUAAGAAUGUUGGCUUGAAUAAUAAGGAGCGUUUUCGCACUGCAUUCCGAAUGAAAGCGUACGCUUUUUGGCAAAGCUCAGAAGAUGCAGGAACAGGGGAACCCAUGGCAGAAGAUAGAGGUGACAGCAAUGAGUUCCUCAUGGAAGAUAUGAUCCCCACAUUCAAGACAGCCAUCCGAGCUGUCAGAAUACUACAGUUUCGUCUCUAUAAAAAAAAAUUCAAGGAGACUUUGAGGCCUUAUGAUGUAAAGGAUGUGAUAGAGCAAUACUCAGCGGGGCAUCUUGAUAUGCUGUCCAGAAUAAAAUACCUUCAGACAAGAGUAGAUAUGAUUUUUACACCUGGACCUCCAUCUACUCCCAAACAUAAGAAAUCCCAAAAGGGAGGAGCUUUUUCUUACCCUUCACAACAGUCUCCCAGAAAUGAUCCGUAUGUAGCCAAAGCAUCUACAGCAGAUACUGAAGACCAAAGUAUGAUGGGCAAAUUUGUUAAAGUCGAACGACAGGUUAAUGACAUGGGGAAGAAACUGGAUUUUCUUGUUGAUAUGCAUAUGCAUCAUAUGGAACAGCUGCAAAUACAAGUCUCUGAGAUAAGUCCAUUGAAUGAUAAUGUUUCUCCUGCAAAGGAGAAGAGAGAAGAAAACAAAUAUUCUGAAUUAAAAACAAUAAUAUAUAAAUACACUGAGCAGUGUACUCAUGAAACUCCUCAUAACUUCCAGCAGGUUCCAGUCAACAAAGUCAGUCCUUUUGGUUUCUCAGCACAUGGUCAUACGACCCGUUCACAACCUUUAUCAAUAGGUGGGCAAAACUCUGGCAAACUGCAAGCCACACCUUCCUCAACUUCAUAUGCAGAAAGGCCAACAGUUUUGCCUAUAUUUACAUUAAUGGACUCCCAGGUUAGCUACCACUCCCAAGGAGACCUGCAGAGCCCUUACUCAGAUAAGGUGUCUCCAAGGCAGAGGAGGAGCUUUACAAGAGACAGCGAUACUCCGUUAUCCCUUCUCUCUGUCAACCACGAGGAACUUGAGCGCUCCCCAAGUGGCUUCAGUAUCUCCCAAGACAGAGACGACUUCCCUUUUGGCCCAAAUGGGGGCUCAGCAUGGAUGAGAGAGAAACGCUACCUAGCAGAGGGUGAAACGGACACAGACACUGAUCCUUUUACACCAAGUGGCUCCAUGCCUUUGUCUUCAACAGGGGAUGGGAUUUCAGAUUCAAUAUGGACCCCUUCAAAUAAGCCAGUUUAAAAGUGUGUGUGGGGGCAGUCACUGGCUGACUUCUCCAUGUAAUGUAAGCAUACUUUGUAUAUCUCACUUACUCUACACCCAAAGCUUACUAGUUCAAAACACCAAUGGCUGCAUAAGAUGCAUGUGAUAUUAGUGGUAGUCAUUCUGCACCAUUUCAUACAAUUUACUAAUGCAGUUUUUUUCAUGCUACCAAAACUAAGGAGCUUAGUUUUGAGCAUGGUUUGCAUGACUUUACCCUAUAUAAAUGGUACAGCUGAUUUCUUCUAUGAUACAUAUCUAUCUGAUACUCUUCAAUACAAUAAUGGUGGAUUGAUAACAGGCAAGAUAUGAUGGUCCUUGCUACUUUCUGUAAACAGAGCAGCAAAGUCAAAAUAGUUUCAGGAGCAAUAUCCUUCUAUGGAAAUAAAUCUGAAUCCAUUUUCCAGUGUAAGUAAAUCAAUCUCUAUCCAAAUUAGACAAGAGCAUCCUGCAUUCUAAGCAGGGAAAAAGCUGAGUCAAAGUAAAUGACUUUGCUGAAAUGAUUUUGUAAACUAAAUGUUUCUCAUGUGUUCUCACGUGCAGAAUUUUAAAAUGGUCAAAGUCACCUACUGGAAUUAGUCAUUGGUAUUGCUUUACUGCAAAUUAUAAAUCUAAAUCCCUCAAACUACUUUGAAAAGCUCCACUAGUGGUUAUGAAAUUGCUAAAAGUGUGAUUAUAAUACUGUUCUGUACAAAAUCUUUUGCUAAGCCCAUUAGUUUCUUCUGGGGCCCAAAUAUAUUUCUAUAUUAAAGAAGAUUGUCCAAUGUAGGGAACUCCAAGUUUCUACUCCCAGCUCUUUUAUUGAGUUAUGUGAUGUUAAGUAAGCUGCAUAAUUUAGCUGUGCCUCAGUUUCCCAAUCUGUAAAUUGGGAGUUAUACUUCCCUACCUCACAAGGAGGUCAUGAGGCUCAAUUCACUAAUAUUUGCCAAGCGCUUUGAGUUCCUCAGAUGUGCAAAGUAUUAUGAUUCUGUUCACUGGGAAUUACACGAUGCAGGAUGCUGCCAUGGAAAUGGCCUGAUCCAGAUCUAUGUAUGUGUGCCAUAUUUAUCAUCAAUGUACAAAUAAAUAAAUUCCAUGCUCAUGAAAUCUGUCCCUGAGCACCAGAGCGAUAAGUGUCCUCUCCAGGUAUCAGCCAAACAUCUUGUGUGGGAAUUGCCAUCUGUUUUGAGGGAAUGUAGGGAAACAAUCCAGCCCACUGGGCAUAGGGAAGAAAUGAAGCCAAGAUCUCAUUACUGUGGUGGGAAUGUGUUAUCUAUACAGCUAGUGAAACUGAACUGACCAAAUACGAUAUGCAGGUUUCAUCUGAUCUCACUCUAGGUGUCCAAGAAGUAAGUGCCCAUUUGGUGUUAAGCUAGGCGGCUAUGCUCUCAUUACAGCUGGCAGAAAACUAAUCAGUUCAGUUGGUGAACAGAGGGUAUAAAUCAAUAGAACCAAAGCAUGCUUCUGCUUUACGGUGAGAUUAUUCACACCUUUAACUCCAUUACCUACAAUGAUCAGCUUGCUACUGACUACAAAGGGAGCAGAGGGUGACUUGCUUCGAUGUAGGCAUGUUGGAGAUGCCCACAGUCAGUGGGAAGGCUCCCACUCCCAAGCCAUCAAUCCGAGGUGCAGCCAUGGAGCCCAGCUGCUAGUGGGGAGGCUGCUGUUCUCUAACACGGCUCUUCUUGAGACUGACCCCUGUCACUCCACACGUGCAAAGACUUUACCACCAUGGUUAGAGCAUCAGCAACAAAGAUAUGAGGAUCUGGUCAAUGGAAGCCAUUAGAAAGGGAACUUCCUCUAGUGCCUGCUUGAUUAUACUGCAGCUGUACAACCGAGCACAAGGAAGAGACAUAGCUCACUGGGCUUCCCAUGUGUGUCUGCAACUGGAUAUGCACAGGCCUUGACAGAGGCCCGCAGUAGAAGGUACCUUGUUGGGUUUUCCCCACUAAAGUAAACUUUAUGUCUGUUGAUUCUUCAUCAUCGUUGAGAUCUCAUGACAAUCAUUGCCUCCAGGGAGCUUCCAUUCGGUUCUAGACAUAGGUAUCACUUUCAUCUUCUUUGUUCAUUCUCAAAUUAAAGAGCCAUCUAAAAGGUUAGGAUAUUCUUACUGUAAGACUUCAUCUGCUUCUUUAGCUAAAAUAACUAUUCACUCUUCUGGGCCAGAUCUUCAGGGAGAACAAAUUGCUUUAGUACCUUGAGUCAAUAAGGCGUACCAAUUACACCCUUUGAAGACUGGGCUAAGUCCAUAAAGCUGUUCUGUUCUGAGGCCAGUGACUACGAUGACAUGAGGUACAAUGCUGGUAAUCACUUAACUGACAAAAUAACUGAAAGGUAGUCUGUGUUUGGUGCAGUUUCAGGUCCAAAUGGAAAGAGAACAAAAAUGGCUGACAGAGAUGUAAUUCAUUAUAAUUUGGCAUGUUGAAAAAAAUUCUCUGGCCAUCAGUGAUUCUUGGAAAUAUCCGCAUUGCACCUGCAGCAGUUCUAUUAUAGUAAUAUGUGACAGUGGCAGCGCAAGAUUUAACCCUCAUGUGAAAAUUGAAUGAAAAAGCUCUAUACGAGACUUUAACACCACUACAUCUAUUCUGAAAUUGAAUGUAAGCGUAUGCCAGAAGAGCCUGCUUCAUUUUCCUUAUAUGUCAGGAAUCUGCCAUUCACACUGAUUUCAGCUGAGUUUGGCCCUUUUAAAAAUGCUGUCUGGAGCUGAGCAGUCAAAAAUUGAGGCAGUCAAAAACGGAGCGUGAUCUGAGAAAUUUGGUUGUGAUCGUCCCUGACUGUGGCUAUGCCAUGCAGUUUCCUGCCUGUUUCCCCCUCCAACUCUUCAGCUGAGGUUUCCAAUCCCUCCCACCCCAGGUUAUAUUACGGAAAACUUUUCUCAGUUUGAAAUCUGGCUGAAAUUCCAUAAAUCAACUCAUUAUAAAGGUAUGUUCAUAAGACAAAAUCUAAGCAAGUCUUCACCUGCGUAUAGAAUGCAGUCCCAGAGAAAGCAGGAUUUGCUGGCUGCAGUGGGUCCACUUAGUAGCUGAACUGUCCUAAAGUUGACAUUUGUUAUGGGCACUGACUUACCAUACACAGCUUAGAAACACAGCGUCAGGUAUCUGCAGCCACAGCAUGGAAUACUGCCUGACAUGCUAACUGGCCAGGUAAGGUCUGCCUCUUCCUAAAAGGCACUGGUGGUGAGCUCAGAGAGGCCUGGUGCACUGGACACUCUCUGGGAACUUUGAAAGAGGCCCAAUAAGAUGACCAAGGAGGGUCUGAUUAGCUUAUUGUCAUGCUUAUGUUAUCUAAGACACUUCUUUGCAUUGAAAAUAGUCACUGUUCUCUUCAGAAGGGUCGUUUGCUCAAAAUUCAGUAUCUUCUACAUGGUCUGGAUUAAAAUUAGGGUGUGCAUCAGUUCUGCUUUCUGUGUUAGCAACAAACAUUUGUCAAAACACUUCACAAGAGCCUAACUCGAGGCUGUAAUAUUGUACCACUAAAGGCUUAGGAUUGCUUUUGGCCAGGAACAGAAUAAGGUUUCCAGAUGAUAUGUGAAAGGAAAUAAGACCUUUUCUGCUAGUUAAAACAGGACUGCCACCUUGUAGAUGCUGUAAAUAUUUCAUAGCAUUAAAAUGAUAACAUAACUCCACAAUAAUUCUGAAAGAAUCGGGGCUUGUUUGCUUUGAAGAGAAGGACUAAGGGCAUAAUUAGUUGGGGAUGCAAGGGUGAUGCAGUUUGUUACUGUGAUACUUAACUUUUAGUUGAUAGGCUCCUGAGUGCAGUCCAGAGGCCUGAGUUAGGUCAUUAGACACCACAUGCAGAGAACAGGGAGAGCUUCAUGCCUAAGAGCAGGGUUAGUGGCAAUCAGUAAGCACUCCACGGACAGGAGUGCUUGAGACCCUAUGUCUCUCUCAAGUACCCCCUACCUGAAGACUGAGGGUGAUCAGCAAGGCAUGACCCAAAGAGCAUCCCAGGCCUGGGAUGUGUGCCCUAACUUCAUUAAUUCAAGUUCAGUCCAGGGUGUGCAUCAUCUUUCAACCUCCACUAUGCAUUGGUUUCACAGGAAAGAAAUCCAGGACAUGAACUGGAAGGGAUCUUUGGCCAUGAAAACAGAGUGCCCUCCCUCCUCAGGGAGGCUAAUUGAUCUUUUUAGGUUAUGGGUGAUUAACUUUUGCCUUUAGAGAGAUGAUGCUCAUGGUAAGCUGGAGCGAAACAGGACGCAUGAACAGGACAUCCUCUCUCCCUCCUCAUGGCCAAGUCUUCUUAACAAGUGCUUCAGAUGUUUGGGUAGUAAUAAAAAAGACAAACUCAAACACUACAACUUCUUUCUUCACAGAAAGUAGUGGUGAGUAAAAGCUCUCAUACUGAAAGCAGUGUUUUCAGUGUAUGUUAGGAAGUUUGUUGUACACUGAAUUGAACCCCUUAGGGUCUGACCUUGGGGGUCUUACUGCCUCUACGUCCACACAGCAGCAGAACUAGCAGAACUGUGGUUCACUGCCCUUUGAGCACUUCCUUUUUUUUUUCUUUGAGGGGUGGAGGGAAGGGUGCAUUUGGCCCUAAAUCUCUGAAAUCUUUGAAUACUUAUUCAGUCUUCAGCCAAGGAACCAUGAUGGAAACUGGGGCACUGCCUGAUUAGACCGAGGUAAGGGCAUCAGAAUUACCCUAUUUACCCUACAGAAUCACCCCACAGGUUACAGUGGUCAGAAAACAGCAGGCACUGGCAUCAUAAUUUAAAGCAUCCAGAAAAACAGUUUAUGCCUUAAUUAUCUUCUUUUUUUGUCCUUAGUAAGGGCAUAGCCAAAUUUUCAGUUUCUUCCCUUUUCUUCCUAGAAGACCAAACCAGCACCCCAGCCUCUCUCAUGCCAGAAUAUCUUUGGAUAGCCCAGGUUCAAACUGUGCCCCUUGGGACUAGAUGUACAAUUAAAUGCAGUAGCUUGAGGGAGGUAUUAAUGUCCCCCAACUCUAACCAUUGAAAUGGUAGGCAUCUAGUCUAAAGAGAGAAGGGCAUCUGCAGCAGGCAGCUCAUCCGGCAUGACAAUAAAGGACUAAAAAGGAUGUACAGUGCAGGUGUUUCUCUCACUACUGUGUAGGAGUGGCAGCUUGAUCUAUUUUAGGUUAAUGCUAAUUAGAUUACUCACGCUCUUGCCUUCCAUGGCCCAGCUCUUUGAUUUCUUUCAGACAUCAGGAGGUAGGUAGGUAGCUAAAUACCUUAAGAUUUAUUGGCCUAUGUGCAUGCCAAGUAGGUUGGAACAUGCCAUUUGGGACCAGAUCAGUCACGGACACCUUUCAAGUCAACUAAUCUACCCAACUUUGUAUUCACUGAGGAGCUUGGCUGUACGGCUUAAACCUCCCAGAUGUCCUCCAGACAUGUCCAGAGAGACUGCAUGUACAUUCCAGCACUGUGUGGAAGUCAAGCAUUUGCGCGUGUACAUCAGAAUUAGAGUUGUGGCAUACGUGGUGGCUGAGUGUGCAUUUCACACGUGUGUAGGAAAACAAUGGGCUUCAUGUGUGUAUGCAAGGAAAAAUAUUUGGAAACUUGAGUCCCCUUCCAAACGUAGCUGAGGGUAUUCUUCACUACAAGCUUAUAUUCCUAGGAACCGCAAAAUGCAAUAAAGUAUCCGUGGUUCUUGACCCUGUAUUGAGGCAACAUUUAAAAGGUCAGGAGCUGCUUUGUGGGGUAGGUUCAUCAUGUACAAGGAAACAACUAUUCAUAAUUUCAGCUGAGAGAGGCAUCUGAGUCAAUAGUAUUCUUCAUAGUGGGACUGAAUUAGAUGUAUCCCAUCUUCCAUCGGCGUAUGACAUUUCGGUUUAACUGCUAGCAAUGUUGAUGGGGUCAGACCUUCCUGGCAUGCAGACUGACAUUGACUCUUUGUUUACAUGUAAUUAACCUUAAAGAGAAUUAACUGCUGGAAUGCACUCUUUGCUGACUCCCAAAUCCUAUAAGUAACCAAGAAUCCAUGUCAGGCCUUGAAAUGUUUUUAUUAUAAUUAGCAAGUGUGGGUCUUUGCUCUGCUCUCCUUGAAGUCAGUAACAAACUUUCUUCCAUUGAUGCUCUGAGAGCAGGAUUAGGUCCUAAUCUGCCUUUAUUUAUGAAUUUCUUUGUGAAAGACAGCACUGAUUUGGACAAAAUUUUCUUAGAUACAUUUUUAUAUUGAUUUUUCUGUCAGUAACAAAUAAAACACAUCUGUAAGUCUGUAAGACUGCGUUUACACCAUGUUCCUUUCUUUGCAGCAUUAUCAUUCAAAGUUCCUCACCUUAGAUUCAAACCAAGAAAAUUUCAUUAGUGCGGAAGUGAAUGUCAAACAAGAGUAUGCAGUUAGAGAAAAUGUUACUUAUGCUCCGCUACUGGAGCUGCUCCUUUAAGAAAAAUCAAGUCAAAUAAUGACUGUUGUCCUUGCCUUGGCUUUUUCCUGCAGUGAACUAAUCAGUUAAUUAAUACGAUUCCUAUCAAAAUAAACCAGAGUUGAAUAUGUGGAGAGGUUGGUAGGAUCUGUCUCUAAACUGACUUUGGGUAUAUUUGCUCUGUUCUAAUCUGUAACUUUGCUGCAUUGUUAAGGUUCUGAGUGGAAAUAGUUUCAAUUUUUUGUGCUUCAAAUUGUGACCCAGCAAUGCCACAAACUAAUUCCCACCUGAACCUGUGCGUAGAGGGGCUGCUGACUUGUGGCCUUCAGGUGAGCAAUGUGGUCCAAACAGUUUGCAGGAUCAGAGCCUAAAUCAAUCAGAAAAUGCAGAUUGAGGAGAAAAUUCAGCCUCACUGAGAGCUCAGCAGUUGCAGGGGUGUUGCAUCCACCUAUGCAAGAACUGAAUUUGUCCCACUUAGUGUAAAGCACAUGAGAAAGAGCUGGAUCCUGAUUCCCUACACACCAUGGCCCUCUCUGCUAAGCUUUGGGAGCCCAAGAGCUGCAGACUGAAAUUUUUCAUAGCACCGCAUUAAUUUGGAGUGGUAUCGUUUUUUUCAGAAGCCCAGCUGAACUUGGGUGUUCUGCAUCAUUUUCAGAGGUACAGAAGAAAAAGGGUCAUUUUCAAGUGUCUCUGGUUGGGCACCUCGAGAAAUGAAGGCUUUGGAUAUCACUAUUGCUUCUGGUUAUUUAGGCUGUAGGAUUUGAUCUUUCCCGAUUAAGUUUUUAGUAGCUUCCCUCUGAAGUUAAGUGAAGCAAAACAGUGGAAUUGGGAUCCUAUUUCCAUCCUCAAGAAUAUGCUAAGACUGAAGGUUACAUAGCCAACUGCAUUUUGUUUUCUAGUUCUGGCAUCUUAUUAUUACUAGUAUUUGUGCCUUGCUCACUGAAAUUUUCUCCAUGCUACAAAGAUGCUUUUCAGAUUCUGGCUGACAAGGGAACACAACUUUUAUACAAGUGGCCUUUAGUGCUCUUUAUAAUAUUAUUUAUUGUAAUUUUUAAACCGUAUGUGUAAUUUAUAUUCUGGCACUGUCCAAAAUUUGAACAACUUUAAUAUGUUUAUUUCAAUAUAUUAUGCAAACAAUACUUCUUAACUGAUUUUUUAUGUUCUGUCUUUAAAAACUGCACCACUUAUUAAUAAAUAGAAAUUUCAAAUAU